AUGAAUACUUUCACAGCCACAUCAGUUCCAAUCGUUGCGAUUAGCAUUUUGCUCAUUGCAUCCAGCGUUCAAAGUACUGAACAACAAGACUACUUAAACACUCACAACGCCGCACGUUCGCAGGUCGGAGUACCGAACCUUGUAUGGGACGCAACGGUCGCGAGCUACGCACUGAACUACGCAAACGCUAGAAAAUCUGACUGCAACCUCGUGCACUCGACAGGACCAUAUGGAGAAAACCUAGCCAAGGGAAGUAGCAGCACGUUCUCGGCCAUAUCGGCCGUGAAUCUUUGGGUCGCUGAGAAACCUUACUACAACUACACUACCAAUUCUUGUACAGGUGGCAAACAAUGCUUGCAUUACACGCAAGUGGUAUGGAGAGAGUCAGUGAAGUUAGGGUGCGCUAGGGUUCAGUGCACCAAUGGUUGGUGGUUCGUGACAUGUAACUAUGACACACCCGGCAAUUACAUCGGAGAAUACCCUUACUAA